GUUUCUUCCUUCCGGUUCCGCUCAGGCCGCCGGCGUCUACCUCCCGGUCCAGCCUGAUCCUCCCGCGCGAGUCGGGGCCGCGUGAGUCCAACGACGUCUAGCGGCCGGGGCCUGCGCGCCUAUGUGCGUGUGUACGUAAGUGCGUGUGUACGGAACUGCUUGGCUGCGUGCCUACGGGCUUGCGCACGAGCCUUCUGCGUACCCCCGUGGGCGCGUAAGGACGUACGUGGGUUCGAGCCGGCGUACGCCACGCAAAGAAAGGACGCCGGCGUCUGAGCGAGCCUAUCAGGUGAAGAAGCCCAGAGAAGUGGAAUAGCGUUUCCUCCUCAGGCCACAAAGCAGGUUGGCAAGGGGUGAGCAGAGUAACCGUGCUCAGGGCCGACAGCCGAGUGAGGAAACGGAGCCCUUGCCCGUGGUGGGUGGAGCAUACACAGGCCCGGUGAGGCCCGGGAGCUGGAGGGCCAUGCAGUUCGGCUGCCUCUCCUUCCGGCAGCCUUACGCGGGUUUCGUGCUGAAUGGCGUGAAGACAGUGGAGACACGUUGGCGUCCAGUGCUGAGCGGCCACCGGAACCGGACCAUCGCCAUCCACAUCGCUCACCGGGACUGGGACGGCGCCACGUGGAGGGAGCUGCUGCUGCAGAGGCUCGGCAUGACCCCCACACAGAUUCAGGCCCUGCUUCAGGAAGGGGAAAAGUACGGCCGCGGCGUGAUAGCUGGGCUCGUCGAUGUUGGAGAUACCUUGCUGUGCCCGGCGGACUUAGCUCCUGAGGAGCUGCUGGAACUGGAAACUCAAGCUGUACUGACCGGCCUGGAGCAGAAGUACCUCACCGCACUCUCAAACCCUAGAUGGUUGCUGGAGCCCAUCCCCGGGAAAGGUGGAAAGGAUGUCUUCCAGGUAGACAUCCCAGAGCACCUGAUCCCCUCGGGGCAGGAGGCCUGAGGCCAUUGCAAGGGUACGGAGCCAGCAGUGGGACGCGGACCAUCACCACCCUUGGCGCUGCAGACACGGGAAGCGGUCAGGUCUGGCAGUGCCACCGUGCGCUGUUCAUGGAAACAGGUGUGUCCACACACGCAUGGGGGACAGGUCGGCAGACUUGCCUUGUGAGGUGCUUGCCUGGGUUCCUCGCCAGUCUCAAGGGCUUCGACCCUCAGGAGGAAGGGAGAGCUGCCCUGAAGGCUUUUGCGCUGCCGCUCAUUUGGGCCCUGCUGAUUUCUUCGUCGUACAAAGAAUUACGUCUCAACAGACCCAGUUGGUGUGUCCCCCAUCUUUGUUCUGGUCAAAGUCUGGGAAUGUUGGAACAGCAUCCGGGGGAUGUUGUGGGAAGGCUGGGAGCGGGCACUCAAGGAAGGCCCGGGAGUGGCCAGCCACAGACGCCCCUGCUCACAAAGACGAGGAUGUCAGACUGAGAAACGGCACCUGUCUUUCCUCGCAAGGGACUCUUGCUGUGUUGACAACACGUCCCAUCCCAUGGCCCCUGAUGUAUGCAUGUUAGACUCAUCGCGUGGCUACUUUGUAUGCAAAGAAAGGAUCCUCAAUACAGCACUGAUGGAAAAGUGA